UCGCUGGACGGAACACGGCAUUGAUAGGAAUAUUAAUAUAUCUUUUUUUUUUUGCAUCAUUAAUGAUCAUCGGCGGCGCGACCAGAUGACUCAGUCUUAAGUGAGAUUUCAUCCAGAGUGGUAGAACUUCACUUUUUUGGCUCGUGGUCGCCAGUGUGCAGACAGACAAGUGUGUAGAAAUUGCGCCUCACUUUUUCGUUCGAUUCGAAUCUCAAACAAUCCCAGCAAUUUUCUUUCAUUCCGUCCGUGAAAAACAGUGCAUUGAUUAAUUCGUCUAGACGAAUUGAUUGCUAGGUUGGAGAACUGCCGUCAUCGCGUAGUCUGAAGACACACCCGUCGGUCGCGUUCGCUUUACUUCAGGUGUUAUAAAUUUCUUUCCUAGUCUCAGCGCCCGGUGUAGAAAACUAAACUACAAGCAUUACAGCGUUAAUACGAGUUGGCGGAAAAACUCAGCCUACCAGAUAAAAAAUGAAGAGAUCGAAACGAGUCUCUUUGCAAUUGCUGCUGUCAGUACUGUUACUUCCUUUACUAAUGGAUUCCGCCGUUGAAGGGGCGGUUUUUCAAAGUGAAAGCUGCCACUCGGAUGCUUUGGUCUUCUACCGGAUCCGAUUGGUGACGAACUGGAGCAAGGAACUCUUCCCGAAGCAUUAUCCCGAGUUCCGGCCCCCUCCGCAGUGGAGUAUGACUUAUGGCCAAUCUCACAGUGCUGCUUUCCACCUGUUCCAAUUGAACGAACCGGCAUCCGAAUCGGUAAAAAUCUUUGUCGAAAGCGGCCACGCGCAUGCCUUGGAGGAAGAGCUGACCGAUAGAAAUGCUGCAAUAUAUGAUGAGUUCCAUCUGCACAAAAUUCCCAAGGGACUUGGUGUCAGUGAAGCUACAUUCUUCGUUGAUGGUCACCACAAUAAGGUUUCAUUUAUCACCAAAAUUAUCCCAUCACCAGAUUGGUUUAUUGGUUUGGAUUCGUAUAAUUUGUGCUCAGGGGGGAAAUGGAUCAAAAACGUGACCAUUGAUUUGAACCCUCUUGAUGCUGGUACUAACAAUGGAUUGACUUUCACUUCGCCCAAGUGGCCAACGAAUCCGCCGAAUGUCAUUGAAACUAUUACGGCCAGAUACCCGAAACAUUUAGCUAGCAGUUUCUUCUACCCCGAGAUCAAGCAUCUACCGACCAUUGCUCAAGUGACAUUUACGAAGAUCCGUGAGUAUCGCAGCACGAAAAGUCUACCCAGGAAGGUGAAGAAAUUCAAAUCAAAGCAGCGAUCGAAACUGCUAAAGAAACUGGCUCAAGCCAACCGGAAGCUGGAAAAUGAAACCGAUGAGCAGAUCAACGACUGUCGUGUUGACAGCUGGUCUCGCUGGAGUCCAUGUAGUCAAUCCUGUGGACUGGGAAAAAGAACCCGUACUCGGGUCAUCGUAAGCCCGGCGAAAGAUCAAGGCAAAGAGUGUCCGCAUCUGAUGGAGACGCAAUGGUGUGGAUCGGCCCGGGAGUGUACUGUUAGUGAGAACUAUUUCCGGUGGUAAAGCUUCACGGUUAAUAAAUUUGUUGGCUAAAUAAA